ACCAUAUCACCACCGUUCUGCUCAUACAACCCAACCUGGCUCCUUCUGUUAAGGAAAUAUCGAAGAUGGAAGCACAAAAGGCUGAUCAAAUUGAGAUGCAAGCAAUUGUUGCUUCCCAAAACCCGGCUAUAAAGAAGAGGGACAACGUCACUUUUCUGAAGGAUGUGAAGGAUCACUGUGAGGAGUUCAUCCAUGCUUCUAUGGAUGAACGCAAGUCUUGCUUUAAGCAGAGCAUCCAGAAGAUGUUUGGGACGUCAAAGGUUAGUGCUGAAGAGAUUGAGAGUUCUCUGCAUCGUUGGACAGUCAUUGCAGACUUCUAGGGUAGAGUAUCUUCAGUACUUCUUGUCUGAUAGUUUGAUGCCCAAACUAGAAACAUAUUUCUUUUUCUCUCUUGCAUGUAAAUCCAGAAGUAGUAUGUUAUGAUCAGAAUAUAACAUUUGACAUUUUUCACAUCGAGAUUUCUUGGUUCAUUAAUCAGAUUUGAGUUCGAUUCUGGAUCAGUUGUUGCCAUGCUGAUGAUUUUCUGUGUGAAUGUGUGUAUAUAUUGGCAAAUCUACAAUCUAUGGUUAGUGCAGA